UUUCACUUGUGGGUUCUUUUUGUAUCUUCAACAAACAAGUAAAUGACUUGUGGGUUGAUAAGUUCCUUUGUAGUUCUCGUGGAAUAACUUUUAUCGGUGUGCAGUCUAAUACAGCUGUUCCAAGGGCUCUUCUCCCUGACAUCAGAAAAAAUAAAAGAAAAAAAAGGGAUUAAACUAGGUUUUGCCAGAAGGUGCAUUGAAAAGCGGAGAAGGAAAACAUUAUUCCAACUUUCUCCCACAGAUGAAGGCCUUUUUUACAGCAGGCAGGGCUGGGCCUGUGCGCUCACAUACAAGAAAAAUAAAGUACUUUACUGCCUCCUGGAAAAGCCAGAAUUGCACAACCCUGCCAUUUAUUGCAUCUGCUGAUGGUUAUAAUUCCUGCCAGCCCUUUGUUUCCGGAAACAGCUCGAGUCCCAGGUCAUGAGCAAACUUUUCUGAUGGGAUUAUUUUGAUACUUGUAUCUACUGAGGAGUGGCGGGAAGGACUCCAGAAGGCUUGUGCACAAAUCCACAGAAGGGAGAGCAGCUGAGGGUGCUGUGUGAUGUACUGCAGGUAAAAACACCAGCCCAAAUGUUCCACUGCUCUUCCAAGGGAAUCUCCUGCAGCUUUUUCAGUCUCCCUACAGAAGGCAAAGGGAGAUGAAACGCCAUAACGUGGAGUGAAGGUACCUCAGCCUUGAAGGGAUCCUUUUCAUUUGGGCCCCGUGUCUUCUCCCGAGUAAUUGAUCACCGCGCACCCGGGGACACCCAAUUCACAGCGCAGUGGGAUCAGCGCUCAUGAAUAACCAAAGCGCCGUGGCCGUGCUGCUCCAGGAGUGCCAGCGGGCCCUGGACACGCUCCGGGCGGCACAGGCCGCCACGGGCGAGGGGCAGGAGCGGGAAUACCGCCGGUGCCAAGCUCUGCUUCCCGAGGAGCUGCGGAGCCUUCUGCAGGCGGCCAAGGAAAUGAAGUGGCCCUUUGUGCCGGAGAGGUGGCAGUACAAACAAGACCUCGGCCCGGAGGACAAAACAAACCUGCAAGAUAUGAUCAGCGCCAGGCUCCCUGACUUGCUGGCUUAUCUGAAGGCCUCCAUCCUGGUCCGGGACUGCUGCACGGCCACCGCCGUGGUGUUCCUGAUCGACCGCUUCCUGUACUGGAUCGACGCGUCCAGCGGGCUCCUGCGCAUCGCCAAGGGGCUGCACCGGCUGCAGCCCUGCGCUCCGCUCAGCCCGCAGCUGCUCAUCCGCCGGGCUCGCCUGGCCGCCAGCGCCGGUAAACUUUUAAAAGCUGAAUAUAUCCUAAGCAGCCUGAUUAAUGACAACGGAGCAACAGGAACCUGGCGAUACGCUGAGGAGAGCGAUCGGAUUCUUGUUCAGGCAGUCUGCUUACAAAUCAGGGGACAGAUUCUGCAAAAGCUUGGGAUGUGGUAUGAGGCAGCAGAGUUGAUCUGGGCUUCAGUCGUGGGAUACUUCAAACUUCCUCAGCCAGAUAAAAAGGGAAUUGCCACAUCGUUGGGCAUUAUGGCAGACAUCUUUUGUUCCAUGAAUGAGCAGGAUUAUGCACGCUUCAAAAACAAUGAUGACAUUGACCUGAGCCUCCUGCGGGAGUUCAGCCACCGCCUGUUAUCGGCGGCUGAGGCCUGCAAGCUGGCAGCUGCCUACAGCCAGUACACCCCCCUGUUUGUCCUCACGGCCGUGAACAUCCGUGGGAUGUGUCUGCUGUCCUACAGUCACUCCAAGGACUGCCCCCCAGAAAAGAGAGAGUUCUACUUGUCUGAGGCCAAGGAAUCCUUUGAGAUCGGGCUCCUCACCAAGGACGAGCAGAGUGCCAUCACCAGCAAGCAGGAGCUGCACAGUUUCAUCAAAGCUGCCUUCUGCCUCGCCACCGUGCACCGGUGGCUCUACGGAGAGAGCCACGAGCUCCGUGAGGUCACGCAGCUGUGCAGGGAAGCCCUGGGAAAGCUGUACUCCUACAGCACCUUGUUCCCAGAGGAGGAAGAUAAAGGGGCGCUUGCCAAACAGAUCAUGUCUCUGAUCGCAUCCGUGAGGAAGCGCCUGCGAGUGGGAAGCUUCCAGAAUUCCGACCCCAGGUCUCAUGUCCCAGACAGUUAUAAAGGCUCGGUACAAAAACCUGUCCUGCAAGGGGAAAGCAGCUUUGAGAAAAUCCUUGCCAAGCAUUCCCAGCAUCACCUGUCGGUGUGCCAAGUGUUUGAGAAGACUUGCAGGAUUCGUAAAACCACACUGGGAGAAAUCCAGGUGGGAGCUUGUAUCACAACCUUAAGAACAGAGACCAAUACCACAGACACCGUGUGUACUACCGAAGACACAGUUCACCAGAGGAGAGGUGCUGUGAAAAUCCCGAACUCACCAACAGCAGGAAGCGGCUCAGAGGGACUCAGUGGCCAAAGAAACCAGGACAUUGGCUCUGGUGUGAUGAAAAUUUCCUUCGAAGAAGAGAUUGAGCCAUUAGAAAUUAAAAUAAGCAGCGAAAGUGAUGUUUUCAGCAGAGGGCAAAACGGGAACCAAAGCACUACUUCUGAUAACUCUUGGUGCAAGCUGUCUAAAUCUGGUUCCUGUUCCAGCUGGGAGGAGCUGAGCUGUAAGAGCAGCAGAGAGUCUCUCAGGGACAGGCAGCAAGGGGAGAAGGGCUCAGUGGAGGAGCAGUGCUGCACCACAGAAUCCGAUGGAGACGGUCAGGAUGUGCCCUUGUGCUCGCUGCCUCCUGGAGCCUGGCAUCCUGCUCCUCGGGAGUCCCUCCGUGCCUGCGGGGAGUCUCCUCAGCAUUCCUCACAGGGGUGUGCAUCUCGAGCAGGGAGGGUGGUGGAGAAGGAGCAUCUCUGUGGAGAGGAGCUGCAGGAGGGAAGACACCAUGGAAGGAGCUCUGCAGAAAACAAAGCAAAGGGCUCGAACAAUGAGUUUCCUUCCCUCUCUGUCUUUUCCUCUGUUCCUACAGGGCAGGAGGAGGAGGAGGAGAAAUCCUUUUCCUGUGAGGAGCUAAGCUGCAGGACCAAGGACAGCAGCAGGGAGGGAGGCAUUGGUCACUUGGAGUGGGUCCACCCAAGAGAAGCUGCAGAUAGCACUGAGAACCCCUCGUGUGAGGCACAGCCCCCCCAAAACAGGGGCACUUCUGUACCAUCAACAAACAUCGGGCCAAAAACGGGCAGUGACUCCUCUGUGUGUGACUGGGUGGGGAAAUCUGCCAGGCUGGAGAACAGAUCUCUCCAAGUGCCUCAAGUUGACAUUCAGGCAGAAACAGUAGAUGACACUGAAUUUGAGCUCAUCAGUACAGGAGACUUAGUAAACAAUCAUCCUACAGCACUGGCUCCAAAGAAAGAAGCAACUCCCAGUGUGCCAGCAGCUUUGCCCUCCUGGGAAAAGAUAUCCACAACCAAGCACUUUGACUGUGCCACUACAGAAGAAGAUGAGGAGAAGUCUUGGGAUGUGGUCAGCAGCAAGAGACAAUCCAGUUCCUCUCUGAGUUUGUGGAUCAAAUCAGCACAGAUGCCCACGAGCUCCCCUGAAGGUUCAGUCCCAAGGGGAAGUGGUUUUGCCUUCACGCCUGGGAGAACGAAGGAGGAGAUCCUGGAUGCUCGGUUUCUGAGGGAUGAUGAUUACAAGCAGCUUCUGGCAGGGGUGGAGCAUAAUUGGCUUGUCCAGAGACUGAUGCCCACUGGGAUUUUUAGGACCAACAUGCUUCACAAAGCCUACUCUGCUCUUCUUCUGAAAUACUCCAAGAAAUCAGGGCUGUGGACGGGCCAGGAGACAGCCGUGUUCAUCGGGGACUACCUGAACGUGGCCAAGGAAGGCAAGCAGAGAAGAGCCUUUUGGAUACACUUCCUGCACCAAGAGGAAAGCCUGGGAAGGUAUGUUGGGAAGGAAUAUAAAGAAGAAAAAGGACUCCUCCAUCAUUUCAGUGAUGUGGAGCGACAAAUGACCGCCCAGUACUACGUGACGGAGUUCAACAAGAGGCUGUAUGAGCAGAAGGUCCCUACCCAAAUCUUUUAUAUCCCCUCUGCAGUGCUCCUGAUACUGGAAGACAGAACUAUAAAAGGGUGUGUGAGUGUGGAGCCCUACAUCCUCGGGGAGUUUGUGAAGCUGUCCAACAACACCAAUGUGGUGAAGAAUGAGUACAAAGCCACAGAGUAUGGUCUGGCUUACGGCCACUUCUCCUAUGAGUUCUCCAACAGAACUGACGUUGUCGUCGACCUUCAGGGCUGGGUGACAGGCAAUGGGAAAGGCCUCAUCUACCUCACAGACCCCCAGAUUCAUUCCCUCAAUAGCAAAGACGUCUCACGCUCCAACUUCGGGAGGAAAGGAAUUUCCUACUUCUUUAAUGAUCAACACGUGGAGUGCAACGAGAUCUGCAGCUGCCUGUCUCUGACGAGGCCCUCGGUGGAGCUGCUGGCCUAGGCUGGCACAGGUGUCCAGGUGAAAGGCAGAGUCUUGGUGGCUGUGUGUCGUGUUUGUGCAUCCAAGUUAUUAAAUCUGAUAUCCAGGGAACAAGCCCAUGCAACCAAAGCCUGCUGACAGGUAGAACGAUUUUCUCACUUGUUUGCCAAUAACUAAGGACUCUGUGGAGCACUUCAGGGAAUAUUUCAUUGAAAAGAUGCAGUGGAAAGGAGUUAUCCCAACAAUCCAGGGCUGCGCCAAGCUUGCCUGCCUCCCUCUCCCAGCAUCCCGGGCCGUUCUGGCCGGCAGAGAGCGGGCACGGAGUGACCCCUCCGGCUGUGGGGCAGCCCCUGCAUGAGAGGCAGCGCAGCUCAGCCCGGCAUCAGCUGCCCCCGAGCCCAGCUCCGGACAGGCACAGCGCCUUCAGCAGGCACAGCUAUUCACGGGGAAUAAGGGGAAAGGCUCAGGCACAGAACCACGGCCCGUGCUGCCCUAUCUCUUCUGCUUGGAAGAACACAGCAGCAGCGGCUUCCUCGGCACCUCCUUCCCGCUAACCCGAACCGGGAUAUCUGCAGCAAGGUGUUGGUGCCUGCUGCUGUCGCCUGCUGCCGUAGGGAAGCCCCGGCACACGGGUGCCUCCGCCAGCUCUGCGGGGAAGCAGCGCGCUGCUCUCACCCCUCUCCCGGGAGUGACACACGCCACCCUCCUUUCUUCCACUCGGAUGAAAUCAUCUCCCCUCUUCCCGGGCUGAGCGGGAGCAGAUGGGGCUGUUGGCCUCUGCAGUCGCCCGCUGCCCCAGCUCGUGUGAGCCCGCCGUGCCUCCACCCCCCGCCCCCGCCGGCCCAAACAGAAUUUAAUCCCAUUCCCUAAUCCAAACUUCUCUGCCAAGCUGUUCUUAAGGCAGAGUGUAUCUUCCAUCAGAAGACACCGAGUUUUGAACAGUUUGUUUGAGGCGGGACGCUGCCGCAGGGUGCGCAGGGGCAGGCCCAGCACCCGGGGCUCCCCGGGCCGCACAGGCAGCGCCCGGGAGCGGGGUGAGGGCAGCACCCCCGGCGGGCAGCAGGUGCCUCUCCUCCCUCGGUUCCAGCCCCGCGCAGCCCAAACUGUCGUGCCGGCUACCGGGGCUGCCGUCCCCUCCGAGCAGGACAUCACGUUAAUAGAGGUUGAUUUGCAAACGGCGUCGCCCCCCCAGUGCCCCCCUUUGCCUGACUCCCGCUUUUCUGCUCAAUGGCACAGAUGCUGCUUUGUGCUGCCCAGGACCAGGCAGCUAUUAGCAGCAAAUCCAGCGAGGGAAAUUAAUGAAGGCGACUACUAAUAAAAGACAGCUCAGGACAGCCCGACCAACUUGCUCCGAGCGGUAAUUAACUUUUUUUAAAACUCAUGAAGGUAAAUAUGCCGUCAGCUUUGGGCCGGUCUCUCUGCUUUUUAAUAAAAGGAGGAGGAGGGGAGGCGAGGGAGAGGGGACGGCUGUGUGUCACAGCCGCCCCAGCACCAUCCCUGUGCCCUCCCAGCCACUGCAAAGUGACCCUCCAAGGAGAUUUUUUUUCUUUUUUCUCUUUUUUCUUUUUCCUUUUUCCUUUUUCCUUUUUCCUUUUUUCUUUUUUCUUUUUUCUUUUUUCUUUUUUCUUUUUUCUUUUUUCUUUUUUCUUUUUUCUUUUUUCUUUUUUCUUUUUUCUUUUUUCUUUUUUCUUUUUUCUUUUUUCUUUUUCUCUUUUUUUUUCCCCCGCUCUCCAAUCCGUUUUUGGAGGCUUGAUUUUAAAUCUGGCAGGAGUUCUGCUUCUCCUUAAUCUGAAUUCAGUACGAGAGGUCACGGUGCUGAGCAGGCUGCCAGAAUUCUGCUGGACCUGCACAGCUAUUGCAGAGUGGCAGGUAGAAGGCUGGAUAUCCUUACAUCCUUUUAUCUUUACAUUGUCAGCUUGUCAGAGCAAAAGACCCUGUCUUACACUUUAAAACACAAGAUUUUGCUUUGUGGUAAGACAACAACCUACAUCAGGUUACAGAAAAGAUCCCUCUGGGAUUUCUGCUUGUGCCAGGGGAUUGACUGUAUAAUGGAUAAUUGAGAUCCUUUUUGCCCACGGGGAAUGGGAACUGAGGUUGCCAAAUCCAUACAUAACACAGGACCAGGGGGAAGCCCAACCUGAGGCACCUGAGUAAGGCUUUAGGAAAACCGGGUUUAAAACGUGCCAGCCAGCUGAGCGCCGUGUCGGGGGACUCUUUAACGAUGGCACUACGCGGACAGAUUUAUGCCUGCUUGAAAGGCAGCGUGCGGCAGCCCUUGGGGUGCUGGUUUGGCUCCUCGUGGCCAUUCUUAUGCCAAGGAGGGCUGUAAACCCCCCUGGGGGCCUUCAAGCUGCCCCUCCAGCCCUGCCGGCGCAGAGGAGCUUUUAUGCCAAAAUACAAUACACAGAAGGAUCAUAAACACAUGUUCUGGGGCAAGGGGCUGCCAUGGAAACCACCCCCAGGUUCCUGACAUCAUCCAAGGAGGUGUUUGCCCAUCUUGCAUCUCCUGGUCCGCUUCCAGGUUGGCUGCAGUUGGCUCUGGGGACUCCCCGUCACCUCCAAAAAUCAGUCUUCUGAGAGAAAAGAGGGAAACACAUGAAAAAAAAGAAACGAAGAAGAAGAACAAAUUCAAAUUAAGGGGCAAGAAAGGGAAUAAACACUUUUGGCCACAUUCAAAGGAAAAAUCAGGAUGAGGGUAACUGGGUUAGGUGACAAACCCAGCCUCUCCAACUCAGGUUUUGGUAGUGUGGUCCUGCCACCUCCAUCCAGCCUUGCCCCCCUCAGGCCCAUUUCCUCCGAGGCCAUCUCCAACCGAGGCCAGCCUCCCGCGGGGAUCAGGGAAGGUUUGGCUGGCGUGGCUCCCACCCCAAACCCCUCUGCAACCCCCCCUCCAUCCUCCGACACGCCGUGUGCUUUUUCCCACGGUGGUUCCCGUUGGCACAGCCCGAGCAGGAUGGUGACGCUCCUGCCAGCAGGGUCUGUACCUGGGAUCCAGGGAAAUCCCUCCAGGAUGAGGCACCUGGCAAGGAGCAGCGUCCCUCCCCGAGGUCCCCGAGGACAGCUGCGGGAGCACCGUGGGGCUGAGCUGCCCGGGAUGUCCCUCCGGCUCCCGCGUGGCCCCAGCACCGAGAGGGAAGCGCAUCCCAUCCAUGCCGGCCUUUUGAAGAGCCGGAGGCACCUACUCCAGUGCCUCUUAGAAGAGGGAGAGAAACCAGGAAGGACAAUGAGGCCUGACCAGAAAAGACGGAGAGAGCACUCGGCGUCUUUUUGGCAUUCCUGGAGUUUGGACUUGGAGUUAAUGGGGUCGCUAAAAGCGAGUGAGAGUGAAAACCCCGCUCCCCACGGGCUGCCCCACACACCGCCAGCGCCGUGAAAGGCUCCCUCUUGUUUUGUUCCUCCUGGCCCGUGGCAGAUUUGGGGGAACACAGCUUCAUCUUGCUGGCCACAUCAAAGCAGUGAUUAUGCAAAUGAUCCCACUUUUUUCUUUUUUUUUUUUAGGGAAUUAUUUAUCACACAAUAACCCCCCUGCCAGGGGGGGAAACAAUAGAUCAGGCUAGAUAGCUCUGCUCGCCCGAGGCUGCGGGGCUGGGGGGACCCCUGCGCGGUUUAUUGGCCUAACCUAAUUUCACUAAUUCUCUUUUCACACAUUUUGGGCUUUUUUUCUUUUUUGUCUUUUUCACCCCCUUCCUUUCGCGGACGUCGCUCCGAGGGCCGGGUUUCAUGCUCCCAGGGUCCGGAGGGCACCGGGCGGCGUUCGCGUGCUGAGCAUUUUAUUUAAUUAAUACACUCAGGCGCCUCUGCUGGUUUUUAAUGAUUUCCAAGUGUUUGUACCCAGAAGUCACAAAGUGCUCCCGGGAGCACGGGGACGAUGACUGAAGGGCCUGGGCGUCCCCCUCCAUAGUGACAUCCCUGGCUGUGUGCCGCGCAUGCUGAACCGAACCCCCUGGAAUUGCCUGCAACCCGGAAUUCAUCUGGCCCUCACAGAGAGGAAAUUCUUCCUCUUUUAACCCAAGCAUUUUUCCUCAGUAACAUUUAUUUCCUACUGCCUUCUUGGUGAAAUCCAUCAGCCUGAAGCGUGGUAACUCUUUAUCCAUCCAUCCUGCAUUUGCUGUCAGCAUCUUCUCUACUGAGAGCCAAAGGUAAAUGAUCAGAAAACUUCCACUGAACUUCCCAUUCUCUCUCUCUCUCUCUCUCUCUCUCUAAUGCUGUUUCCCAAAGAAAGAGUUUCCCAUGGACCCAGUGGCAUCAGGCCGCACUGGACUUUGGUUCCACCAGAGACAAGGAAAGGCCCAAUCCCGUAAUUCCCGGUCACUGGCACAUAAAGCAGAAAAAGCAGCAACUCCAAAGUUACGAAAAUUAGAGCUUUUUAUUUAUAUUUUAUCACAAGGACAAUCCCUUUGCUCUUCAGCUGUAAAUACAUACUAGAAUAAACUCUGUAAAUUAUACAAAAAAUACAUAUUUUCCAUGAAAUCUGUCUUUAUAAUAAAUAAAUGUGAACACGUGUGUGGCUGAUCGCUGUAAU